AUUUCCGCAUGAAAUUUCUCCAAACACUUCAAAUCUUCGCCUGAUAUACCAUCGGAGGAACCCUAUACUUCUGAUUUGAGUUUUGACUUGGUGUUGGAAUUUUUUAAUCUCCUAUUUUCUAUUGAUCUGGAAGGGAAAGGAGAGGGGUUAGAGUCUGGCAGAGAGAGAAGGAAGAUAGACUUAAAUUGUUGACCAUUUGCUCAUUAUUAGGUCAUUUUCCCCAUUUUGCAAUCUAAGCAAUAUGGUGCCUUUGGCUAGCCAUAGCUUGGCAUUCGCUACAUACUUCCUACAGUGUUAAAUUUGGCAAAGCCCAAGUAAACCUGAUCAGAGUUCAAAUAUCGUCUCCUAUUCUGGAUAUUAUUUUGCCUCUUCCAUCUUAACGUGAACAUUGUGAAAAUUGACAAAAUAACAAUCAAUGAAAAUUUAUUUGCUAAAUAACUAUAUGAAAGUUGUAUACAAUGUUGUUAUAGUACAGUUGUAUGAAAUUUUCAAAAACCUAACAUGAAUUUUUUAUAAUUUCUGUACAGUUAUAUACAUAUUUCAUAAUGUUUCUAUACAGUUUUCAUAUACGAAAAAUAUGAGAAUUCUAAGUCUUGAACGAGAUAUACAUAUUUCAUACACAAAAAAUUGAGUGAAAUUUUUAAGCCUUGAACGAGAUAUACAGAUUUCAUACAGUUUUCAUACACAAAAUUUUGAGCGAAAAUUUUAAGCUUUGAGCCAGAUAUACACAUUUCAUACACUUUUCAUACACAAAUUUUCGUACAUAUUUUACAAGAAAUCUAUUGAUAUGUUUUGUAAACUAAAAAGUAUCAUCAUAUUUUGUAAAUAUACUUUAUUCUUAUGUAUAUAUAGGUUAUUCUCCCUUAUUUUAAUUUUCCUCAUUAAUUUAUCUUAAAACCGACCCGAACCCGGACCCAGAUUUCAUUUACGUUUUAUAAUUCCUAAAAGGGGGUCAAAUCCCUAACAAAAAAAAAACUAUUGAACUACCAUUUCACCCCCCAAACAAGCAUAAAUUGAUAGUGAAGGUCAACUUUGAAUGCUAUUUGUUCACUUCUUCUUCUUCUUCUUUGUCGUGUAAAGGUUAGUUUUUUUAUUGUUAAUCCAAAAAAAUGUAGACUAGGGUUUUUUCUCCUUACUAUUAUUCUGAAUAAAUGUGAUAUUUGAAGAACAAAACUUAUGCCCUGUUAUUUUGUCGUUUGUUUCUUGCAUUGCUAUUGUUUAACCCUCGUUUGAUUUAGACUAGGGUCACAAUAUUUCGAUUUAAUCGUGUAAUUUCAUAUGUUGCAAUAUUUCAAUUUAGUCGUGUAACUUCUUGAAUAAAUGUGCAUCUGUUACAAUAUGUCAAUUUAGUCGUGUAAUUUCAUGUAAUGCACAAUAUGUUAAAUUUGUUAUUCUUUGUUGUUUGUUUGUAAUCAGGUAGAACAUGGCUGACUUUACUUUGGUAACAUUAAGAUGGUAUCAUAGUGGUGCCUUAGAUUUAAGUAGUUGGGAACCAAAAUAUGAUGGUGGUGAAAUUACUGAAUAGAAUGUAGACGUGGAUAAGAUGUCCUAUUUUGAGUUGAGAAACUAUAUUAAAAAACUAGGAUACGCUACAACUUGCACAUUUAGCAUUAAGCUACCUAACAGUGGCAUUUUGGUAGAUGUUGUGAAUGAUAUGGAUAUUUUAGACAUAUGUAUGUCUUUGUAAGAUGGAGAUAUUGUGUAGGUAUAUGUGAACCACAUGAUUAAUGAACCAACUGUUGUGGACCCCCCUCCCCUUUAUUAGAAAAUGCUAGUCAUGGGAAUAGGGAGGAAUCUGAUUCAGCUUUUAAUGCUAAUAAUUUAGAGCCAUGUGAUCAGAGACGAAUUUACAUAUAAAAUAUGGGUCACGUGAACACAUAGUCACUCGACUAAACUCAAUAUAUUAUGUGUAUAAUUUUGAAAAUAUAUCUAAUAUUAACUGAAGGAACACAUAGUCAAACCAGGUCAAGUGGAACACUAGUUAAGGGUUGUAUUUAUUUCCUUAAGGUCUCGGGAUCAAACCCGAGCUCCUGCAUGUUUUAUGCUUUUAUUUUCUAAAGCAUCCUUUUAAACUUCCUUUUUGUAUUAUUCUAAAUCCUUUUUCUUCUAUAAUUCUAAUUACCCAAAAGUAAAAAAAAAAAAAAAAAAAAAAAAAACGUGUUUCUCUUUUAUGUUACAUCUAAUGAUUUUUUUUCCCUUUGUUUCUAAUUACCCAAGACCCAAAAGGCAAAAGAAAUUUAAAAAAAAAAAACCAUAGGCGCUAAGCUGCAACGAACCAAAGGCAAAAAAAUCAAAAAAACCCCAUAGCUAAUGGUGAACCCAUCCUCUUGAAAUCCUGGAUUUGCCUCUGCAUGUGAUGGUCAAGACAUAAAAGUUGAUGAUAGGGUUGGUGAGGAUCCUUUAAAUACAACAUCCCCUUAUUUUACACCUGCUGCCUUUGCUACUACAACUGUUGAUAAUAAAAUAGCUCCCUCACCUACUGCAACUUCUACUAAUACACCAUCUCCCUCUUCUACCAUAACUGCACAUCCUACACCUGCUGCUACUGCAAAUGGUGUUAUUAAAGAUGAUUGUCCUACUUUAGAUGAACUAGAUCUGGUCCAGUUGGAUCUGAUUUUUCAGAAGAGGGAUCUAAUUACUCAACUGCUGAUAGUAAACAAUCUGUAGAGGGAAUAGUUGGAGAAGACGAGGUAGACUAUGAAAGUGAUGUGUAUGAGGAGGUUAGGGAGUUGAGGGCUGGAAGAAGAACUUUUCAAAGGAGAAAAGGAAAGGAGAGAGCAAAAGUAAAAGGUACCACCAGGUGAAGCUGGUCCAAAUCUAGGAUUUAAUGAAACUGAAACUGAAAAAAUAAGUCUUGAUGGAAGGUUAGGAGGUGAUGAGCCUUAUUAUCCAAGUUCUUAUGAUUUUAGCUUUGAAAUAGAUGAAGAUGAGUAUUGGGAUGAUGAAGAUGCUGAAUCCGGUAGGGUAAAUGUAUUACUAAGGGUAAGUACUUCAAGAGAGAGAACAGAAAAGAAGAAGAUCAUUCAUGACCCCAUUGCAAAAAAAGUUGUGUGACAGUUGGGUGUGGUCUUUAAAGACGUGGAUGAGUUUAGAAGAGCAGUAACUAAAUAUGUUGUUCAAAGGAGGGUUCAAGUAGAAAAAUGGGUGAAUGAGCCAAAGGGUGUUAAGAGUUAGGUGCAAGGAUGGUUGUCCAUGAGUUUUGUAUGCAUGUCUUGACAAAAUCACAAAUGAUUUCCAAAUAAAAACUUACAUUUCAAAGCGUAGUUGCAACUAGACCACCAGAAAUUACUUGUGUAAUGCAAAUUUUAUAGCUGAGGUAUCUAGAAAGAGGAUAACAGAGCAGCCAAACAUAAGAGUUUUCAAGUUGCAAGAACAAAUUAGAAAAAAAGAUUAUAGUUCAUGUUGGAAAGAUUACUGCUAGGAGAGAAAGAUCAUGGGUGACCGCAUUCAGGAAUUUGGAAGAAUUCUUGACUUCAAGGAUGAACUGUUAAGUACCAAUCCUGGGAGCACUUGUGUUGUGAAACUUGGUGAACCUGAUGCAACUGGUAAGUAGUUUUUUUAGAGUUUUUACAUAUGUUUUAAUGCAUUGAAGAAGACAUUUUUGGCUCGUAGUAAAUGUAUAGGUUUAAAUGGGUGUUUUUUGAAAGGGGUUUGUAAAGGCUAGUUGUUGGUUGUUGUGGCAAAGGAUGGUAAUAACCAAAUGCUGCCUCUUGCUUGGGCAGUUGUUGAGUAUGAGAACAAGAAUACAUGGACUUGGUUUGUUAAAUGUCUGAAAGAUGAUUUUGCACUUGGUGAUGGUGCUGAAUUAACAUUGACUACAGAUAUGCAAAAGGGACUGUUUGUAGCAGUUAAGGAUCUGUUACCUGUUGUUGAACAUAGAAAACGUGCUAGGCACAUCUUGGCUAACUUUUGCAAGGGUUGGAGAGGACUUCAAAGAAGACAACAGCUUUGAAAGAUUGCAAAGAGUGAUUUUGAGUCUCAAUUGAGAAGAAAUAUUAACAAGAUGAAGUUGCUUGGUCCAGUAGAAAUGAUGGAUGAUUUGAUGUACAACAAUGUAGAGUAUUGGUGUAAGGUGUACUUCAAUACUGAAGUAAAAUGUGAUUCUGUAGACAACAACAUGUCUGAGUGUUUUAAUGCAUGGAUCUUGGCUGCUAGGCACAAGACAAUCAUAACUAUGCGUGAAGAGAUAAGAUUAAAGAAGAUGAUAAGGAUUGGUAAGUUGAGGGAGUUUGCCAAUAAAUAGAGAACUAAUUACUCUCCAAUGGCAAUGAAGGUCCUAGAGGAGAACAUUACAAGGUUAAUGGGAUGUAACAUUGAGUUUAAUAGAGUUACAGGGUAUGAAGUGAGAGAAGGACUUUUCCAACACACUGUGGAUCUUGCUAGAAGGAAUUGCAGUUGUAGGGCUUGGCAAUUAAAGGGAAUACCAUGUGCACAUACUAUUGCUGCAAUAUACCAAAAAAAAUAUGACCCUCUUGACUACAUUCACAACUGCUACAACAAAGAGACUUACUUGAAAACAUAUGCCAAUGUUCUUCAACCAGUAACAAAUAUGGAAAUGUGGCUUGUCUCUACUAAUCCAACUGUUGCACCACCAGAGAUCAAAAGCAUGCCUAGCAGGCCACCAAAAGUUAGAACGAAAGAGGCCUAUAAGAAUAAGAAAUCUGGAAAGUUACCAAGAACUGGAAUGACCAUGACAUGUAGUAAUAGCCAUAAUAGAGGAUGCAACAAGAGAGGAUGCACAAAAAAUAAAGGUGUUGAUUCAUCAAAGGCAGAAACACCAAGUUCAAGCAGGGCAAGGGCCAGAACAACGGAACCAUUAGGAAGACCAAAGAAAGCACAGGCAGAAGUUGAGCCCACUCCAAAAUGGGGAAGGAGAGGACCUAGAAAAAUAGCUCCAACAGUGGAAAAUAGAGCACCUACUACAACUCCUACACCUGCUACACCUCCAGCACCUCCUGAAUUCCCUGCAUCAUCUUCUGGAUGUCCAACUGCUAAAAGAGGAAGGAAGGGGUAGCACUGCCCCAUAUAAAAGGCCAAAAGUCAUAGGAAUGGGUGUCUUCCAGGUUGAAAAUGGUUUCAAAGCUCUUAAUGUGAGUGUUUUCAGCUCUUAACCAGUGACAUUGGUCAUUUAAAUUGUUCUUGUAUGUGUAUGUUGACACUACUAAAGUGUUGUCAUUAGUUUGUGUACAGCAAAGUGUCAUACCCCAUUUUAACCGGGUUAAGAUUAGGGUACAACAUAUUGGUGAUUCCUAUUUGUUUUAUUUAAGGAGUCGCCACCUAAUUAAUUUAACGGUGAAUUAGGACACCUAGAGGUUAACUAAGGCAAAGUUAAAACUAAACCUCAAUUAAUAGUCUGCUUAACCAGUGUGAUUCUAGGUAAGGGCUCUAUAUUAUCCUAAAGGGAAGGGGUUAGGCAUCCUUUAGAAUCCGUUAACUUACGGUUGUCCGACCAAACUUAGGUUAAUUAAUUGAAGUUAAAGAUGUAAAUGUUAAUUUUAAGAAGUGGGUUUGUAAUGUUGCUAAUGUUUUAAAAAGAAAAAUAUGAAUUGCUUAAAAUAAG